CCUUCCCUGCCUGUUCGUUCCGACUGUGUUCCCGGGUCCCUGCCUCACCUCUGCCCUCAUCUCUCUGCCUUCUGCGGAGUGGGGGUCGGCCUGGGAAAGCCCCCAGGGAAACUCCCACAGAGUACAGAGGAGGGGGAGGAGAGGCAGGGUCUCGAGACAGCGGGAAGCCGCCAGCCCACUGCUAUUUAAACCGCUUCCCCUGGCAAUCACAAGACAGAAGGGACAACAUGAAGUCCAGCCUGGCCCUCCUGCUGGCCCUGGCCACGGUGCCCUUCCAGCUUGGCAGUGGCCAGUCCCUCCAUGUGGAUCCCCCUGAGCCUGAGGUGGCUGUGGCCAAUGGCACAUCCCUCCAGCUCACCUGCAGCAUGUCCUGUGACAAGGAUGUAGCCCGGGUGCAGUGGCAUGGUCUGGACACUAACUUGGCCAAUGUGCAGACCCUCCCCGGCAGCAGCAUCCUCACUAUACAAGGCAUGUUGACAGACACGGGCACGCGCGUGUGUGUGGGCUCCUGUGGGGGCCAAAGCUUCCAGCACUACGUGAAGAUCCUUGUGUAUGCCUUCCCAGACCAGCUGGUGGUGUCCCCAAAGUUCCUUGUACCUGGAGAGGACCAAGAAGUAUCCUGCACAGCCCACAACAUCUUUCCUCCCGGCCCGGACAUCCUCUCCUUUGCCCUGUUACUGGGAGAACAGAGCCUGGAGGGUGCCCAGGCCCUGGAACCCGAGCAAGAGGAGGAGACACAGGGAGCCGAGGUGACAACGCUGUUCCGAAUGACACAGCGCUGGCUGUUACCCUCCCUGGAGACCCCUGCCCCUCCUGUCCUUUACUGCCAGGCCACCAUGAAGAUACUCGACCUGGUGCUGACCCGCAAAAGGGAGCUCCCAGUCCUACAGAGCCGGACCUCACCAGAGCCCCCCACCACCACCUCUGCCAAGCCCUACAUCCUGACUUCACCCCACACUACUGAGGCCAGCUCCACUGGGCUCCCCAACUGCACAACCCUGCUGUCUACCCCUCCUCAUUCCACGCUUAGCCCUACGACGCUGAGCUACGCUGCAACUUGCCGUCCUGAAAUCCAUCAGGACCAGGAGUCGGCUGGCUGGAAGCUACUCUGCAAGGCCCCCUGUGGCCCUGGAGUGACUGUGCACUGGACCCUGGCUCCUGGCAACCUGGCAGCAUACCACAAGAGGGAGGCCGGGGCCCAGGCAUGGCUAAGCAUACCACCCCCAGGUCCCAUUCCUGAGGGCUGGUUCCAGUGCCGCCUGGAUCCUGGGGGGCAGGUAGCCAGUCUGUAUGUCUCCGGCCAGGUAUUCUCAAAACCCUCCUCCAUCGUCACCCUCUGGAUUGGCAGCUUGGCGUUGGGACUGCUGGCACUGGCCUUCCUUGCCUACCACCUAUGGAAACGCUACCGACCAAGUCUUCCCUCAGAUGCUGCCUCGUGCACACGCCUAUGAUGCCAGAUGGUGCCAGACGAAGGGGGUCGGAGAAUGACCAGCUGCUGGGUUUGGGCCAGUAAGAUGGCAGAGA